AUGAAAACUGAUACCACGAACUUCCAGAAGGAUGAAAAAGACUCAGUGGUCAUUGAGGAUGUGGCCGUGGUCUUUACCCAGGAAGAGUGGGCUUUGCUGGAACGUGCCCAGAGGAAACUCUACAGAGACGUGAUGAUGGAAACCUUCAGAAACCUGGCCUCAGUAGGAGAGAUCUGCAAAUUGCAUGGCAUUGAAGAUCAGCAUAAAAGCCAGGGGAGACAUAUGAGAAGGCAGAUGGGAGAGCACCUCAGUGAAAGUAAUGAAGGCACCCAGUGUGGAAAAGCCUUUAGCCGGGUUGCAGAUAUUACUGUGAUCAAAAGAACUGCUGAAUUGCAUCCUUCUGAAUGCUGUCAAUGUGGAAAAUCUGCCAUGCAUCACGCAUUCCUUCAGCCUCAUACCCGAUCUCACACUGGAUGCAGUACCUCUCAGUGUAAGGAAUGUGGAGGAGCCUGCAGUUGUCCCUCUCAUCUAAGCACUUCUGUAAGAACUCUUACUGGAGAGAAACCAUAUAAAUGUAAGGUACGUGAGAAAGGCUUCAUUUGCAUCUCAACUCUUAAGAAUCCUGGAACAACACUCACUAAAGAGAAACCCUAUGAGUGUAACAAUUGCGGGGAAGAUUUCUGUAGUUUCUCAUCCUUUCAAACACAUGUGAAAAGUCAUAAACAUGAAGGUAAAGAAUGUUGGAAAACCUAUACUCGUCCCUCAUUGGUCACGUUACAUAAAAAAUUUCAUAGCAGAAAUAAGCCUUAUGAAUGUAAGGAAUGUGGAAAAGUCUUUACUCAUUUCUCAUCCCUUACUAGGCAUAUAAGAACUCACAGUGGUGAGAGGGCUUAUGAAUGUAAGGAAUGUGGGGAAGCCUUCAGUUUUUCCUCAUUGCUUACUAUACAUAUAAGAACUCACAAUGCAAAGAGGCCUUAUGAAUGUAAGGAAUGUGGGAAAGCCUUAAGUUGUUCCUCAGCUCUCACUAGACAUUUAAGAACUCACAGUGGAGAGAGGCCUUAUGAGUGUAAGGAAUGUGGGAAAGAUUUUCGUCACUCCUCAGCCCUCAAUAGACAUAUACGAACUCACAAUGGACAGAGGCCUUACGAAUGUAAGGAAUGUGGGAAGGCCUUUAGUCGUUCCUCACACCUUACUACUCAUACAAGAACUCACAGUGGAGAGAGGCCUUACGAAUGUAAAGAAUGCGGGAAAGCCUUUAGUCAGGCCUCACACCUCACUACUCAUAUAAGAACUCAUAAUGGACAGAGGCCUUAUGAAUGUAAGGAGUGUGGGAAAGCCUUUAGUCAGUCCUCAUCCCUCACUAUACAUAUAAGAACUCACAGUGGAGAGUGGCCUUAUGAGCGUAAGUAAUGUGGGAAAGUCUUUAGUUUUUUCUCAUCCCUCACUAAACAUAUAAGAACAGAGGAGAGUGGGCUUAAUGAAUGUAAGUAA